UGUCGGUUCCCUUAAGCUUUCAAUCCAACCCAUGUAGUGAGCUUUAGGUCAAUGACUCCCAAACCACUAGGGCUUUAGGGCACUAGGUGUAGAACACCCCUAAGGACUUAUUAACUCGAGCUGAGCUUCUCACGGGCUGAAUGAUGGGCCAAUAUUGAUGGGUAAUUACUGAUGGCAGCCUAUAAAGAAAGCCUUGAAGAAUUUUGAUCUGGGCCGCGAGAAACAAACAGGCCGACAUAAGGCAGCCCACUUGUCAGCUCACACACAUGCCACACGCGUGCACCAGAAACCCUAGCCGCCUUAAUCCAACAUUGCUCUUUAUGCACUCGCCUCGAGCCAGAGCCAACGACUCUCUGUCUCUUCAUUUUCAAAAUAGUCCUUUCAUCUUCAGACACGGAAUGCAUGUGAUUUAGACACGUGGCAUGCAUUUGUGCAAUUAACUCCUUAGGGUUCCCAUAACAGAACUUGGAUCCUCUCCUGAGCUAUUGCCAACGGAGCCUAGGGAUCCAUUAAUCACAACCCUUCAAAAUUGAACCUAUGGCCAAGAAACUUCCUUAGCCCACUAAAUUAUUUCGAGGGACUUGGAUCCUCUCCUGAGCUAUUGCCAACGAAGCCAACGAAGCCUAGGGAUCCAUUAAUCACAGCCCUUCAAAAUUGAUCGUAUGGCCAAGAAACUUCCUUAGCCCACUAAAUUAUUUCGAGGACUAGGUGAGGUCGUCGUCGAACAGAGAGAGGGGUUGGGGUAGUUGAGGUCGCCGGAGGAGAGAUGGGUGGAGUUGGGGGACUAGGUGGCAUCGCCGUCAAAGAGACGGUUGACGUUGAACUCGCCGGCGAACAGAGUGGUUGGGGUAGUUGAGGUCGUCGGAGGAGAGAUGGGUGAAGUUGGGGUUGCUGGGGAUGGAAGGUAUUCGGGUGAGCUCCCCGAUGAAAAGAGGGUUUAGGGGUGGGCUCGCCUGAGAAGAGAGGGAUUGGGGUGGGUUCAUCGGAGAACUGACGGAUUUAGGGAGAAGAGAUGUCGAAAUUUUUGAAGGAAGUUUCUUGGCUGUAGGAUCGAUUUGAAGGGCUAUGAUUAAUGGAUCCCUAGGCUCCGUUGGCAAUAGCUCAGGAGAGGAUCCAAGUCCCCCAUAACACAUGCAUAUCAUCCGCCCAUUUUCAUUUCAGCCACUCUCUCUCUCUCUCUCUCAAGCCCAGCGCCCAUUUGUACAACCGUCCAUUUCAUAGCAACUAAAUCCAAGCUCUGCAUCCGUGUGUCUCUAACCCAUCCAUGGUGGAGCGAGCUGAAAAACUGCGUUUUUGUCCGUAUGAGGUUCCCCAAACAUGCAAAUCGGAGGAAAACAAGAGAAACCCUCCUGAGUUGCCAGCUCCGAGAGCGCAGAGGUCAUCAAGCUUCCCCCAAACUUCCGGUCUACACCCCAGGAAAAUAAAAAAAUUCAUAUUGUGGUCUGCACGGAACAAAGGAAAGGAUAUCCUCUCGGAGAUCACAGAUCCGAGCAAACAUAAGGACAUACUGAUCCAGUGUACAGCCGAGAGAAAGGAAAUAUUGAAGGUGCAGAUCCAAAGGCAAAUAAAUUAUCAACUUACACAUCUUCUUGCUUGGUUUGAAUUUUCUUCAAUUUUCUUUUAAUGUUCGUAAUCUUGUAGUCAUCGGUAGUAUCAACAUUUUUUCGCUCUGAUUCCAUCAGAAAACGAUAAGUACAAAUGAUCGGGUGCAUCACUUGCACCCGAUCCGUCAUUGUAAGCAUAAUGCAACUCCCGAGCAUCGUGUCUUAUCCCAAAUAUUAGACAUUUACAACUAUAGUUUUCUUUCCAUUCUUUGUCAUCGGUGAAAUCAGGGACAUAAUAAAAAAUGUGGCUACUUGAAACUCCAUCUUUUGUGUAGCAUAUAUAUUUUGAAAAUGCAACCUUGCCAUGAUUUUGGUUUACAAAGGCAGUUCCACUGUAGCAAGUGCUUCCAUUGAUGCAUUAUUUGUUUCCUUAGAUUUUAAAUUCUCAACUAAAUUCUCCAUUGCUCGAAAGUCACCGCACAUCAAACCAAAAAUAGGUGCGUUUUCGAGAAUUAUUUAAAUUUUAAGGUUAUCGCCUAUUAGAUGUGCAUUGUGUAUUUUUUUUUUCUUCAGUAAUAGGCGAUAACCUUAAAAUUUAAACAAUUCUUGAAAACCCACCUAUUGUUGGUUUGGUGUGCUGUGAUUUUGGAGCAACCCGGAAUUUAGUUGAGAAUUUAAAGUCUAAAGCAACAAGUAAUGCAUCAAUGGAAGCACUUGUUGAUAGUGGAACUGACUUUUUAAACCAAGACCAUGGCAAGGUUGUAUUUUCAACAUAUAUAUGCUACAUAGAAGAUGGAGUUCCAAGCGGCCACAUUUUUUAUUAUGUUCCUGAUUUCAACCAUGACAAAGAAAGCAAAGAAGACUAUAGUUGUAAGUGUCCAAUAGUUGAGAUUAGACGUGGUGCUCGGAGUAACGUUAUGCUGCUGUUUACAAUGAUGGAUCGGGGGCAAGUGAUGCACACGAUGAUUUGUAUUUACUGUUUUCUGAUGAAAUGAGGGAGAAAAAUGUUGAUACUGCAGACGACUACGAACACUAAAAGAAAAUUGCAGAUGAAUUUGAACCAAGCAAGAAAGGAUCACCCGCUUUUUUAUGUUAUAUAUAUGUUGUUGUGGACCCACGUAUGUCUUGGAAUAAUUAAGCUAGAUAGCCUUGUUGUCGUCGCGGAUGUAUAUAUUUUGUUGGUGGGUGUUUGAUUUGGCUGUCCUUUGCAUGCACUCGCCUUGGAAUAACACAUCUGUGCAGUGCCUAUUAAUUUGGAUCAAUGCUUUGAUUGGCUUGUACUGGUGUUCUGCUUCAAGGGUGUGUGUUUUUUAAUCGACAGAUGUAGUGAAUUAUUUACAUACACCUUGCCCUCGAGCAGGCAAGCAUCUGCAUUCUCGAGUUGUUGCUGGUCUUUUGAGUUUUGUGGAUAUUUCAUUUAAGUAAUGGUUGUUGGUGUUCCUACGGUCCUCUUUCGGUUGUGUCGAUUGUUAGUUUUGAGUCCGUUUCCAAUACAAAAAAUGGUGGUUAAUUAUGCCAAAUUGAAUAUUAAAGUGUCGGCAGGAAAUUUUUAAUGAAGUUUUAGAACA